AUGGCAUCCCCCAGACGCCGUCUCAUUCCCCAGCCUCCCGCCAUCCAAUCACAGCUCCGCCGAAUAUCAGCACGAACCCGGAAGGUCGCCCACGCUCCACAAGAGCCGAGGCUCGCGGCACGAUUUCCAGACAUGGCUGGACGCCGUCCAUUCCCCCUAACCCCCCAGACCGAUGUCAACCGAGAGACGCACUGCCUCCUCAACUAG